CUGUAAAUCGGACUAUCACUGUCUGUACUAUGGUCAGUGUAUAAAUGGUGUCUGUCAGUGUGGCCAAAUUUGUCCCAGCAUGGAGAAGAAAGUGUGUACAUCUGAUGGUCAGGAGUUCUAUAACGAAUGUGAGCUGAAGAAACACAUGUGUCAGCAGCAGAUCUCGCUGACCUACACGAUUGGGGAGUGCCUGACAGAAGUUGAUUGUGAUUGUAACAGUGCUGGCUCCCGCUCGAUGUCAUGUGACCUUAAAACCAAAGCCUGUGACUGUCAUCCAGGGGUCGGAGGUCAGAAGUGUGACAAAUGUAAGCCUGGUUACUGGGGUCUCAAUCCGGAGACACGCCCACUAUACACACCAGGAUGUGUCAGUUGUGAUUGUAAUCAGUUUGGUUCCACUCGCUCAGAUUGUAAACAGAAUGAUGGUGGGUGUGUCUGUAAACCAGGGGUCAAAGGUCAUAAGUGUGAUACAUGUGAACGUGACGACAGUCCCGUCUCAUUUGAUGUGUGCGGACAGGAUGUGCAGACAAUUUAUAACCCUGAACACAGCUGUACCAGAUCUGCCAGCCAGUGUCAGUUUGGGGCGUAUUGUCAGGACACAGUCUACGGAGCCGAGUGUCUCUGCGAUCGAUUGUCCUGUUUUUUCUAUCCAGAUGGUGGCUACUCGAUAUGUGGCUCUGAUGAUAAGACAUACAUUAAUGAAUGUCACAUGACCUUCGAGAGUUGUAAACAACAGAGGAACAUCACAGUUAAAUACAUAGGACCAUGUACAGGGAGUGCUACAAGUCACCCCUCCUCAUAUACCCGAACUCGAAAGACAACUGGACGACGAACUGGUGAUUACACUCAAAGAACAACAACUAGGACAACAAAACGACCACAGUUAGGAGGAAAGAAAAUCAAGGAUAUCUGCUUUGCCAGACGCGAUUGUAUAGCUAACAACAGUGAAUGUCACAUGGGAGUAUGUCGUUGUAAAGUGGGAUUUAUCAGUACGCUGGACGACACAGAUUGUAAAAAAGUCUUGGAGAGAGCACUAGACAAUAGGACAUAUAUAAACCCGUGCUCGGACAGCCCCUGUCUAAAUAACGGUCAUUGUCAGCUAGACGUAUCCCUAGGAUACCGGUGUCUGUGUCCACUAGAGAAAGCAGGCCCUAUCUGUCAUAAAGCUGCCAGGUUCUCUGUGCCUUCCUUUACUGGAAACAGUUCCUAUCUACAACUGAGAUUGAGGACCAAACCAAACGAUGAUCUGAUGUUUGAGAUUCGCCUGAAAAUUCUAAAUGAUGAUGGAAUAAUUACCUUCGCCAGUCAGUAUCCUAACGGAACUGGUGACUUUAUAGCUGUCACCGUUGUCAAUGGGUACCUGGAGUUCAGGUAUGACUUGGGGAGUGGUCUAGCUCUGAUACGAAGCAGGGAUCAGCUGAAGAGAAAUGUGUACCACAAAGUACUGGUCAACAGAGUGGGCAGGUCCGGCCAGUUACAAGUGGACAAUAGUCCGGUGCUACAAGGACAGAGUGAGGGGGCACUGACCUCUCUUGACCUUGGGGAUUUUCUGUACCUGGGGAACAUCCCUGAGGAAGCUAAAGAGGCAAAGAAAAUGCUGGGUAUACAGGUAGGCUUGGCAGGUUGUAUCGACUCCUUUGCUGCGGGGAGCACAGUGUCCCCCUAUACCUACAGCCUGAGUUAUCCCACCAGGAGUGGGGAUUUAGUUUCAGGAUUAGAUGUGUGGGAAUGUGGCAGCAACCCUUGUAGUUCCCUACCCUGUCAUAAUGGAGGAUCUUGCUUCAUGUCCGAUAAGGAAGUCUUCCAUUGUGAAUGUGAACCCGGAUUUACAGGUGACUUUUGUGAGGUGGCUUUAGAUCCGUGCCUAAGAGCAAUGUGUAAGGAGGGAUCUACAUGUGUAGUCACAGAUGAUGGAGGAUUUGAAUGUCAGUGUCCAGCAAACAUGGAGGGGCAGUUCUGUGAAAAUGAGAGACUGGAGGAGAUAGCUGUUCCAGAGUUUAAUGGGUCGUCUCUCAUUAACCUUCCUCUUGGAGAAGUAGGAAGUCACUCAAUGUCCAUCAGAAUCUGGUUUAAAUCGGCAAAACCAAAUGGUGUGCUUCUGUAUGCCAGUCAGUAUCCACAAGGAUUUGGUGAUUAUAUUUCUCUGAACAUCAUCGAUAGACAACUGGAAUUCAGAUUUAAUGUCGGGACAGGAACUGUUGUAAUCAGGAGUACUAAGAAAAUCAAAUUAAACAAAUGGCAUGAUGUAUUAAUGCAGAAAAAUGAUAGAACUGGGACUCUACAAAUAGACAAUGAAUUGACUUAUACAGGAAUGUCACAGGGAAUCCUGACAGAACUGAAUUUAUCCAACAGUGUGUUACAUGUAGGAGGCUUUAAUACCAGUGUUCCAAGUGACUCACAGAUCUCAGCUAACUUCACAGGAGUCAUACAGAGGAUAUACAUUAACGGACACCUGUAUGACAAUUUGAUUAACUCUGCCACCUCCACUGUCAACAUUAGGGAGUAUCAUGGCCCCCCGUGUAAUGUCAACCCAUGCAUGAACUGGGGAGUGUGUGUUCCUCGAUUGGAUGAAGCAGACUGUAAAUGUCCAACCAAGUACAUUGGGGCCCGCUGUGAGAAAAUGGCAGAUCCUAAAAACAAGGACUUACCUGUGGCUUUUGAUGGCAGCACCUUUUUACAGUAUCCUAAUGAAAUAACUACACAGCAAACAGCCCAGAGAGUGAAUAGAUACAGCAUUGUAUUCAAGACAAGAUCCAUGGAGGGCCUCAUCUUGUUCCAGAAUGGGCGGAGCAACAUCCUGGGGGAUUAUCUGGCCCUAGCUGUGGUGGGUGGAAAAGUAGAGCUUAGCUACAAUCUGGGUAAACAGACAGAAGGGGAUCUCCACAUCAUCCGCUCCUCUACGAAGGUGGACGACGGACAAUGGCAUCAUGUUAUUGCUCGACGGGAUGAGAGAGAGGGAAGUCUACAGGUGGAUGGAGAAGUCCCAGUGGUGGAUCAAUCUGCUGUAGGGGCAGAUCAAUUAGACACUAAUGGCAGGCUGUGGAUUGGUGGUAAAACAGAACUCCCCCUGGGUCUACCAAAGGAGUACUAUACUGGAUUUACUGGAUGUAUAAAAGAAGUUCUAGUAGACUAUAAAUCUCUACAUUUGUUAGAGAACAGGAAUGGACAGAGUACCAGUUUAAUCAGAAACUGUGGAACAUCUUAGCAGAGUAAGGAAACCAGUUUAUUCUUCAUAUGGACAGAGCACCACUUUAAUCAGAAACUGUGGAACGUAGCAGGGUGAGAGAACCAGUUUAUCCUUUACCAGAGUGAGAGAACCAGUAUAAUUUUGUUUUAAUUUCAUCACCAUUAAUAACCACCAGGAAGUGUAUAAGGAUAGGUAUUUGCUUCAGGUGAGGUCUUUAGCAAUAGACUUUUCUGUUGGAUUUAUUAGAAACAUUUAUAUUGGUGAUAUUAGCAUGAUGUUCUUAUUGCAGACAUUGUACAUGGGUUCUUUGUCAAUCGUUUUUAUACAAGUGAUUUUAUUUUGAAGACUUUUUAGAUAUAAUAUAAAUGUCACAUUAGGAAGAAUAAUGCUGCUUUACUUUAAUGAAGGACAUAAGAUUUUGUGACAUAAUUGUGAUGAUUUUAAACAAAAUGGAUCUUUUUCUGUAUAUGAAUUGAUUUGUAUCAGCCAAUAGAUGGUUACAUGUAAUCCAACAUGGCUUUUACACUAUGUAAGGACUUAGAUAAAAAUGUUAUACCUUUAAAGUGUGUGUGUGUUUGUGAAUAUGUAUAUAUUAUAAAAAAUGCUUUCAUCAAAAGUUGGUAUUUUGUAGUGUAUAUACGAAUAUUUAAAGCCUGCUAAUGAAAUAUACCUGUACUUUAUCAGAUGUAUUCAUAUAAAGCUAUUUUGCUUGGUAUUUAUUUUACAUACAACGUGUAAAUGAAUUUGAUGAAAAAGUCAUAAAAAUUUGUUUGUUAUGAAUAAUUGUAAACAAUCACAGAGGAUGAAUUUAUGACUGGAAUUUAAUGCCGAUUCACAUUAGUAUUGGAGAUAUUGUUUUUCUGUGCAGAAUACAUUGUUAAUUAUAGAAAAAAGUUUUUAAUAAAUGUGCCAAUGGACUAAACUUA